GUACCCGCGCCGGUUUGUUUUGUCCUUUUUUUUCCAUGGCCUUGAAUAGGUGAUUCGAGGCCACACAUGACCCGAUCCGGUCAUCUACUACUGCCUAUUUUUUUUUGAUCUGCUCUUAGUCUAUGUUUAAAGACAGAUCUCUACUACUGCCCUGACUAUUUGACUACUACCUGCCUACCACUAUUGUGCAACAAUGUCGGAAACAGAUCUCUCAUCCUCUUCUACAUCUCCCUCUGUUGCUGCUGGUCAGACUUUUGCGCCCAAGGUAGUCUUGGGGACUACAAUAAAAUUGAAUGGUACAAACUAUCUGCUCUGGGCUCAGGCUUUCCGCAUCUUCAUUGGCGCUCAGAGCAAACUUCCACAUCUUCUGGCCUCUCCUCCACCCACCACAGAUCCCACCUACAGUUCCUGGCUCUCGUCUGAUUAUUGUGUUAUGACGUGGCUCCUUAACAGCACGGAACCACAGAUUAGUAGCAGUGUUAUGUUCUUAACCACUGCGAAGGAGAUGUGGGAUAGCCUGAAGAUUAUGUACGGGAAUGAGAAGAAUGCUUCCCGUGUAUUUGAGAUUUAUGAGCGACUGUUUACGCUCAAACAGGGAGAUAGGUCAGUUCCGGAGUUCUUUGGUGAGUUAAAGGGAUUGAUAGACGAACUGGAGAUGCAUCAGCCUACAGUAUCUGAUGCGGCGACGCUGUUGGGAUAUCGCCGUGACUUAGCAGUGUCCAAGUUUCUUUCUGGAUUGCACCCUAACUUGCAGUCCCAGGUGAGAGGACAGAUAUUGGGUGGAGAUACCAUCCCCUCACUAACUGCUACAUUCUCCAGAGUCAUGCAGGUCUCUACUGGUGUUUCUUCUGAUACUUCUGCACCGUCUCCACCUUCAGUGGAUCAGUCUGCCAUGUUCUCUAGUAGAGGCAGAGGCCGCGGUCGUGGUCGUGGUCGUGAUUCUGUGGGAGGACGUGGCUCUUUUAGUGGGAGACAGGGUGAUUCUGAUAGGGGUUCACAUCAGUGUGGUCACUGUGGGAGGACCAAUCAUAUUUCUGAGAAGUGCUGGGAGAAGUUUGGUCGCCCUCAAUGGGCCCAAGUAGCCGAUGCCGAGUCGACUCGCUUACCUAUUUCUACUACUAUUUCUAGUGAUCCAGCUACUAUUGUUCCUACUAUUCAGAUUUCUCAGGCAGAUUAUGAGAGGUUACGCCAGCUAGAGCUCUCUCAGAACAAUCAUUCGGCUACUCAUGCAUCCUCUUCAGGUAUGGAUGCUUACAUAGCUUCUCCUCAUGAACCAUGGGUACUAGAUUCCGGAGCCUCAUCCCAUAUGACAGGACCUAGCAACUGGGAUGACGAUUGGUUCGGGGCAUGAGAGAGGAGGUAUGUACUAUUUGGACGACAGUGUGUCAAGUGCUGGUCUUGUUGCAGUACAGCCUGAUUCUACCUUACUGUGGCACUGGCG